UAUUAACGAAUUUUAAAUAUAUCAAAGUACUCUUACCUUUCUGAUUCUUCCAGGAAUAACAUCAUCACUCAUGUCAGACCCUUGUAUUAAUGUGUUGCAUGUUCUCUUUCUUGAUGCUCAUAUUCUUGACUGUUUCAGUUUCUCUCGAUAUUGAACCAUCAAUGACUUUUUGUGAUUUUUGAACACCAGAUUCAGAUAUCUUUUUUCUUCUUAUAAUUCCUCAUGUUGCCGUUACCUUCAUCUUCCUCAUCUAUUUCUAGAAAGAGAUAUGAUGUUUUCUUGAGUUUUAGAGGUGAAGAUACCCGCAAGAACUUCACAGAUCAUCUCUAUGAAGCUCUAAUAAGGAAUGGAAUCCACACUUCCAGGGACGAUCCUAAACUGGAGACCGGCGAAGAAAUCGCACCUGAACUGUUUAAAGCCAUUCAACAAUCAUGGUGCUCCAUAAUCAUUUUCUCCGAAACCUAUGCCUUUUCAAGUUGGUGCUUGGAGGAGUUUGCUGAGAUUGUUAAGCAGAAAAACGAGAGGAGACAGGAAGUAUUUCCCAUUUUCUACAAUGUGGAUCCUUCUGAUUUGAGGAAACAAAAAGGUAAAGUUGAAGAAGCCUUUGUUGAACAUGAAGAGAGAUACAAAGAAGAUAAAAACAAGGUCCAAAAGUGGCGAAACGCUUUGACCCAAGUGGCUAACAUCAAAGGAUGGCAUUUAAAUAAUAGGCAUGAAGCAGAAUUUAUUGGAGAUAUUGUUAAGAAGCUAUCAGUAAAAUUAUGUGAAACAUAUCCCAUUGCUGCUACUGAUGAGUUGAUUGGAAUUAGUUCACGCUUGAAAGAGUUGUUUUCAAAAAUGGAGAUUGGGGAAGAUGAUGUCCGCGUUAUUGGAAUUUGCGAAAUGGGUGGUAUCGGUAAAUCGACUCUUGCAAGAGUUAUGUAUGAUCAAAUGUUAUCUCAUUUUGAAGGCAAAAGCUUUCUUGCUAAUGUUCUAGAAGUUUCACAAAAACGCGGACUUGUUCAUUUACAAAAACUUCUUACUCAAACCUUGCUUGAUGAAGGUUUUAAUUUUUCCGAUGUUUACGAAGGGAAUGCCAUUAUUAGCCACAGGUUGUCUCACAAAAAGGUUCUUGUUGUUCUCGAUGAUGUUGAUAACAUACAACACUUAGAAAUGCUUGGCUGGUAGGCACAAUUAGUUCGGUUUGGGGAGCAGAAUCAUUAUAACAACAAGAGACGAACAUUUACUACGAUCUUACUGAGUUGAUGGUAUGUACAAGCCAGCAGCAUUGAAUGAAAAUGAAGCACUUCGGCUUUUUAAUUUGAAAGCUUUCAAUAGGGAGACAGUGCCAAAAGAGGAUUUCGUUGAGCUCGCUAAACAUAUUGUAGGUUAUGCUGGUGGUCUCCCCUUAGCUCUUGAAGUUUUGGGUUCUUUUCUGUGCGGUAGAGAUGUAACUCAAUGGAAGAGUGCAUUUGAAAGACUUAAAAAAGAUUCUAAUAAAGAAAUUUUGGAUAGACUUCGAAUAAGUUUUGAUGGAUUGGAAGAAAGGGAGAAGAAUAUAUUUCUAGACAUAGCAUGUAUCUUCGAUAGGGAGACUAAAGAUUUUAUAAUGAAAAUAUUGGAUAGUUGUGAGUUUUUUCCAGAUAUUGGAAUUGAUGUUUUUAUUAAGAAA